AUGACACACGGUAAUGAAGGAAGCAACUUGGACUUUAACCUCCCGUUUGAACCUUACAAACACCAACUACUCUUUAUGAAAGACGCCUACGAAUGCUUUGAUAAGUCUCGUUUCGGGCUCUUUGAGUCUCCAACUGGGUCUGGAAAAACAAUCGCAAUCUUGGCUGCAAUGAUCGCAUGGUUAAACAAGAAUAGAGUAAGGGGUCUAAUGAGAAAGCUGGACCCAAAUGAAUCGCAAAACGCAGAUCCUAGUAUACCAGAUUGGGUCAGGGAGAGUGCCAUGGCACAAAAAGAAAAGGAUGCUGAGGAUAUUAUCAAUGAAGAUGCAAGAGAAUUGGAAGAACUCCGGUCCAGGAUCGAAAACAAAUUUGACUUUUCGAGUGGUAGUAUAAAAUUUAAGGGAGCUUUUAAAAGACAAAGGCAUGAACUAGAAUUUGAAGACGAACAGGAUAUAAAUAUCGCCCAUCCUCGUCUUCAAGUUAUCAUCUGCAGCAGAACAUUUUCUCAACUAAAUCAAUAUGUCUCGGAGUUUCGUCGUCUAAAUUCAAAGUAUAAGCUUGGGAUUAUAGCUGGGCGUUUCCAGGUCUGCAUAAAUGAAAAGGUACGCAGAUGUAGCACUGCUGAGGAAUUAAAUGAAGAGUGUAGACGUACCUCGUGUGCGUACAGGAAGGAUGUCAAAGAACUUCGUGAAUCAAUACUUGCGUAUCCACUUGAUAUUGAAGAAGUGGUACAAAUUGGGAAGGAUAUGUAUGCAUGCCCCUACUAUGCAGGGGUAAAAAAUGUAGCCCAUAUGGAUAUAAUACUUGUUCCGUAUGUUUCUAUAUUGAACGAUUCUGUGCGAGAAAGUCUUGGAAUAGAUUUAAAAGGGAACAUUAUAGUUUUUGACGAGGGACACAAUCUUUCUGAUGCUAUUGAAGAGGCGCAGUCUGUUAGAAUAUCCCUUAAGGAGCUCCAGGAUCUUAAUAUGGAAUGCAAGGGAUAUCUUAAAAAGUUUGCAUCUACAAUCCAAAAGGACGAGACUGAGGUUCUGAGAUUGAUGAUAGAGAUGUUGAAUACCCUGGAAGGUCACGCAAAUAAACAAAAGACUGUAGAUAAUACACAUAACAAUAAUGAUGAAUUUGCUUCAUCAAAGGAACCUGACAGUUUAAUAGUGAAUAGUUCUCUGUCAAAACAUGAAAAAACCUCUGAAAAUUUCUCAAAUCCUAGACAGGGAUUGGGUGGCAAUUUUAACGGAAGAGGAAAUGUACGUUCAGAUUCCAAUUUAGAAAACUUGAAUACAACUUGCAUGACUAUUUCCUCAUUUAUUAUAGAAUUCGGUCUUCAAGAUAUAAAGUUUCAUACUAUUUUGGAUUUCUUGGCAUCCAGUGAUUUCACAAGGAGAUUCAGGGGAUAUGUCGAACGGCUAAAGCAUGCUGUUGAAAAGAAUUUAGAUAUUUCUAACAAGAAGGAUAACAUGAAAACAGUAUCCACAUUGGCAAUAUACACUUUGAGAGCAUUUAUACAAGCUCUGCUUUCAUCAAACUCGAACGACCGUGUCAUAAUUACAAGAACAGGUUGUAGCAUUGAAAUUGAAAUAUUCUCAUUAUUUGCCGGUAAAUUUUUAUCCUCAUACUCUCAUACAUUUACAGAUGAAAACUUCCACAAGACAGCAUCUCUAGUCUCCGAAGCGCACUCUGUUCUGGUAAUGAGCGGUACACUAUCACCUAUAGAGGAGUUUUUACGUUUAGUUCCACCAAACAUGAGUGCUUUAAUACAUACUAGCCCUCCAGUGUUUCCAUUAAAUCGUUUCUUUGCGUCAAUUAUAGACAGGGAUAAUGAUGGAAACGAACUCAAAUUCGACUACACCUCUAGAACCAGAGAUAUGGAGCUAACUUACCUGUGCAAACUCUUGGAUUUGAUUUCAUCCAUAGUUCCGAAUGGAAUCGUCUGUUUCUUUUCUAGCUAUAAAUUCCUGAAGCAAUUUCGCUCAUUUUUGGAAAAUUCAAGAUUCAGAAUAUCUAUAAUGAGCAGAAAAAGACUAUUCUUUGAAGAGCAAGGUCAUGGAUCAGUGUUUGACGAGUACAGUAAGACUGCCCUAGAAAGAGGUGCAAUUUUAUUUGGAGUAUUCGGAGGCAGACAAAGUGAAGGAGUAAAUUUCUCAGACGGACUCGCACGUCUGGUUCUUCUUGUUGGACUCCCAUAUCCUCCGGAUUCUAUUAAGUUGGCACUGAAGAGACAAGACACAGGGAAUCAUUCUGGUCCACCCCAUCUCGAUCGUACUUUGUUAUGUUACAAGAAUGUGAACCAGUGCAUAGGUAGAGCGAUGAGACACAGAAUGGACUUUGCUGCUGUACUCCUCCUCGACUCUCGUUACCGCGGCAAGGACGCCAAGUACCUCUCUGGUUAUGUCCAGGAGUCUCUUAGACAGAGGGCGGUUGGAGAUUUGGAAAGUGCUCUUGAGAGUUUUUACAGAACCUUCCAUGAUGAUUGA